GAUCAGCACUGCACUGUGGCACGCGUGCCAGGGGGUUGCCGACCCCUGAUUUAGACUAACACAAAUUAUUCUAACCUGUUGGUGUGAAAGAGUGGCUUCUAAAUAUCCUGCACCCAUCCCGAGUAAUGGUAGUGAUAAAAGUAAAAUUAAUUGUUAUGCAGAAUAGUUGUUAGUUUAAACUGUUGACUCCUGUGGAGCCCGAUGCUUCUAACUGGUUGUUACGAUGCUUGAUAUUCCUUCAGGUCAAACCAGGAGAUCCAAACCUACGCCAUCGCGCUCAUCAACGCUCUCUUCCUGAAGGCACCAGAGGACAGACGGCAGGAGGAGUAUACUAACCCGCUGGAGCAGCCCCUCACUGAAAUGGCAAGCACUUUGGCUCAGAAGCACCUGCGAUCCAUCAUCCUCAAUCAUGUGAUCAGAGGAAAUCGACCAAUCAAAGCAGAAAUGGCACACCAGCUGUAUGUGCUGCAGGUAUUGACCUUCAACCUCUUGGAAGAACGGAUGAUGACCAAAAUGGAUCCCAAUGACCAGGCUCAGAGAGACAUCAUUUUCGAGCUGCGUAGGAUUGCUUUCGAUGGAGAAAAUGACCCCACUGGUACAGAAAAGAGAAAGGCCAUGUACACCAAGGACUAUAAGAUGCUGGGGUUCACUAACCAUGUGAAUCCAGCCAUGGACUUCACCCAGACUCCUCCGGGAAUGCUGGCUUUGGAUAACAUGCUGUACCUCGCCAAGGUUCACCAGGACACGUACAUCAGGAUUGUGCUGGAGAACAGCAGCCGCGAGGACAAACACGAAUGUCCCUUCGGCCGGUGUGCCAUCGAACUCACUCGAAUGUUGUGCGAGAUUCUCCAGGUUGGAGAAUUGCCUAAUGAGGGAUGUAAUGACUACCACCCCAUGUUCUUCACUCAUGACCGGGCAUGGGAGGAGUUCUUCUGUGUCUGCAUCCAGCUGCUGAAUAAAACCUGGAAGGAGAUGCGAGCCACAGCUGAGGACUUCAAUAAGGUGAUGCAGGUGGUUCGUGAGCAGAUCACCAGGGCUCUGGCGAUGAAGCCGUCCUCUUUAGACCAGCUGAAGAACAAGCUGCGAGGCCUCAACUAUUCAGAGAUCCUGCGUCUGCGGCAGUCAGAGAGAAUGAGUCAGGACGACUUCCAGUCUCCUCCCAUCAUUGAGCUGCGGGAGAGAAUACAGCCCGAGAUCUUAGAGCUCAUCAAGCAACAGCGACUCAACCGCCUGUGUGAGGGGAGCUGUUUCCGGAAGCUGGGGAACCGCCGAAGGCAAGAGAAGUUUUGGUUCUGCAGACUCUCACUCAAUCACAAAGUGCUGCAUUAUGGAGACCUCGAUGAGUCCCCUCAGGGUGAAGUGCCUUUUGAGCUACUCAGUGACAAGAUCCCCGUCUCUGACAUCAAGUCUGUGGUGACUGGGAAGGAGUGCCCUCAUAUGAAAGAAAAAAGUGCUCUCAAACAAAACAAGGAGGUGCUGGAGUUAGCCUUCUCUGUCCUCUAUGAUCCUGAUGAGACACUCAAUUUUGUGGCACCCAACAAGUAUGAGUACUGCAUCUGGACCGAUGGCCUGUGUGCGCUGCUGGGCAGGGAGAUGGGCAGCGACCUGACGCGCAGUGACCUGGAUACUCUCAUCAGCAUGGAGAUGAAGCUCCGCCUCCUCGACCUUGAGAACAUCACAAUCCCAGAAGCCCCGCCCCCCGUGCCCAAGGAGCCUAGCUCGUAUAACUUCACCUACAACUACAGCUGAGAUGCGUGUGUGUGUGUGUGCAGUGAAUGUGUGUGUUUGUCAAGGAUGAGUAUUCUUUGAUGAAUUAAGCUGCCGUGGAAAAUACUUUUUUUUACUUUCAGAACCCUGGAGACUUUUCUCCACCUGUGUUUGUGAUGCUGUAUGGUUUGACAAAUAGGAGAUGUUUAUAGCAUCACAGGGAGUUUAGAGGUCAUGGUCCACUACAGAGCCGCCGGUCAGGAUUCAUUGAGUGUUUCUCCUUUAUCAGUGCCAUUUCCAGGCAACGUCUACCCAUUUCUAGCCAUUUAAACUUAUAAACUUGUCUGUAAAGUCAAGGAAUACUUUGCCUGAUUGGGGACAUAAAUGAAAGCUGUACAAAACUGCUAUUUAGUCUUUGUUCAAGUAUUUUAUUCUCAUUCUGUGUUGUCUCCAUGGCAACAGAAAAUGAAUAAGCUUACCUAACCAGUUAGGAUUCUUUGUUCUCUUUGAUUCGGUCUGUCCCUUCAGACAGACUUACAGUGAAAUGUGACACAAAGUAGAGGGAGUGGGCCGAGAGUUUGCACAAGUGAUAUUCAGCUGGUGUCGUGAUCAAGGUCGCUUCAGUAGGAGGGAUCGUUGAUGUCAGGGGGGAUCGAACAUAACUCCCUAAUCAGUACACCAUCCACCACCCCUUCGAGGUCUCAUAAAUGUUUAAUAUCUGACGAUCAGUUCAGUGUUUCAAUAGAAAGGUUCGGAAAUUCAGUAAUAAAGAGAGCAGGAAACAUAAAGUGUCAACUUGUGUAAGGCAGAAGCAGAUGAGCUCUAAUCUCAGUGUGUCUCAUACUGGGACAUGAAUUCAUGAAUCUUUUUUUUUUUUUUUGAUCUAUAACAUAACAUGAAUAAUUGAAAAUGAUUCACCGGGAGUAAUGUUCUUAAGUUAAAGCUCUAAAAUUAGUUGUUUAGUCUGACUAAUGUUUUGCAAACCCAAAGCAAUUUUAAUUUCUAUUAAGAAAAAAACCAGCAGAUACCAAUAUUCGAGAAGCUAGGACCAGUAAAUGUAGGUGUUCUUUCUCUUUCUUAGAGGAAUCUUUCGUAAACAAUGAAGUGUUUGUCGUUUUUGCAGAAUUAAUGCCUGUCCAGCAACUUGUCAAUUAUUACUCUACAUGUUUUCAGAUGCACUAAAGUGGUGCUGUCAGCUUAUAUAUUUUCUUGACAUUCGUGCUGCUUUAAAUCACUUCUCUCCUUAGACUACAAACCUUUUAUAGUUUGUAAAACAGUGAGAAGAAGUGGGUAAAUGUAUCUCAUUGAGAAGCUGUUCUGCCGUAAAGAGUGUACAUUUGUGUGUACACAUAUUUGAGAUUUAGUGGUAAUUGUUUAUGUUGAGAGAUAUUUCGCGAGUGUAUCACCAAAUGCUGGGCUAAAGCUCCCACAUCCAACACACUAUAAAACAUGAAUUACCUUUUUUUAUUCAUAGUCACUGCAUUGCCUUAUCACUCAGUCGUUAUAUAUAUUUAGUAACAUUAGCAUUUAUAAGGUGGUACCUGAAUUAUACUUUAAUGUGUGUUGAAAACAUUGUUGUUAUUAUGACUUCCCCUGAGAAGCAUUCAUAAAUGGCGUAUAAACGGUUAAUCAAUGUUUGAUAACAGCAGUUCACUUGAAAUAAUAUGUAAUCAUUUUUUUUUAAUAGUUACAUAUUUUUUCUUUAUUAGCUCACAUUAUUACAUAAUUUAGGAACUCUUAAUAUUAACUUUUUACAUUAAGAGCAAGAUUAAAACUAUUUUUAGAUGUAAUUAAAACCACUGAAAAUAUGAAUAUGUAUGAUUACGACGAAAUGUUCUGUUGUGUUAUCAAAAAUAAUUAACUGUUAAUACAACUAUAAAUAUGAAGAGUAACAGUUGUUAACAAAUACAUUAUUAAACACAGAUAUUAGCAGUUUUUUUUUUUUGAAGAACAAAUAAAAUUCAAAUGUGUUUGACGCCCCUUUUAAAGGUCACCUAUUAUGCGAAAUCCACUUUUUCAUGUCUUUUAUACAUACAUUUGUGUCCACUCGGUGUUGAGAUUUGGAAAGUUUGAGGAAAACAUAUUCGCUCUCUUUUAGUCCUGAUCCAUUUAUAUAAAAACCUGUCUGAAAAUGAGCUGAUCAGAUUUUGGCCACUUUAUGAUGUGAUAA